AUGCUUAUACCAUUGGGGCUGCUUAUGAGGGCCCUUAAGAAGGCCAACCCUGACAUGCCAUGGGUGGUUGUGACAGAAAGGGUUUCACGCGUGAGCAGCCGUGCGCUUGAAUACUUCGAGGUGGCCCAGCAACAGAACGGGGUGGACUGCGGUGUCUACGUCUGUAUGUUCGAGAAGGAGCUUGUGGGUCGAGCUUUCCAGUUCAUGGAAGACGGGAUCGCCCAUCCACGUUACAGUGCCUUGCAAUGCAGGCGCGAAAUUCGUGCUCUGAUGUGCGAGGCCGGUGAAGGAUCACUGCUAGAAUCGCUACAACUAAAGGGGGCCGACAUUCCCCAACAGAGUGAUCAGCACGGGGGGGAAGAUAGCGAUAGCGACCAGGGAGUUGUUGAGAUAAAGGAGCCAACCAUUCAAGAUGUAGCCGCGGAGCAGUGUUCCCAUGCUGCUCAGCUCAAGAACCUGCAUGAAGACAUGGAUGCUCUCAAGGACGCCGUUCACAAGGGAGAACAGGGGCUCGACAAAGUGACUAUGUCGCUGUCGUCACUCGUCACGGCCUUCCAGCAGCUGGCCGCCAAGAUCGGGUUCAAACUGCCGACGAGUGGCCUUGAGGAUCUGGACAACGACAACCCCACCGCCUCCACCGCUGCAGCCCCUCCGCCCCAGCGCGUGGCCGGAACAACAACUGAAGCUCCCGCGAACAGGGGCGCUGAUCCCCACGCUUCCGCCUGCGGCGCGUCACAUGCGCGUGCGACGCAUGGUCUCCCGGCCGUCCCUUCUCGCACCAUGCAUGGUCAGGCGGUUCCUCCAGCAUGUGCUACUACGGCUGCAUGUGGCAUGCCAGGAUUCGGUGACGGAUCUCUGCGCGCUUCAGCGGCUCCGGAUGGUGCUCUGCGCCAGCCAGGUGCCUCGGCCGGGAUUGCAGCCGCAGCCACUGGUCAGACAGGUGCAGCCGCGGGUCAGGCAGGUCCAGCAACUGGUGUACCAUCAACAUCGGCGGGGCACGCAACGGCAGCAGGCGGGGUUCCUGAUGGAGCCGGGAGUUUAGGGGGUGGAGCGGCCAACCUUCCAGCAACUGCCGCGGGACCGCCAGGUGGAUCAGUGCGUGUUCAGCCUCAUGCAGGCCAUGGUGCUCAGUCAGCGGCCGCAGCACAGACAGGUUCUGUCGGCGUAGCACCAACGCCGGCUCAUGCGCAGAAAUACGCGACCGCGACGGAUCCAGUGUCAUACCCGCCCGGCCCGACUGUGUGGCCCACAGGCGUAGAGGCACGGGCUCAAUCACAAAUUGUGCGGCCUAUCGUAGCAGCUGUGGUCCAGCCCAGAAACGAUGCAUGGGACCUAGUGGAACCCCCGACGGAGCUCACCAUGUUUCAGCGAGGUGUGCAGGUACAGGGUGCUCACCGGUUGGAUGCGCAGGCUGACACUGCGGCUCCUCAUAGGGGUUCGUCUGUAUGGUCAUCGGGGGAACCUUUCUUCACCCCCUCUGCCUUUCCCCCUGGGGCGCAUAUGCAUGGUGUACGCGCCCCUGCUGCGGUGGGGUUUGCGCAGCAGGCUGCUGCUGUUCCGCCGGCCGGCUCAGCAUCCGCCGCACAUUCAUGGCCGAUUGGCCAUGCACAGCAACCUCCCAACGCUGUUCACCCCGGUGCUGGGCAGCCAAACGACUUCGCACAACUGCCACUGACGACCCUUCGUCCCACGCGGCAAGAGCCUGAUGCAUUCCUCGCCACUGACGAGGUGCUCGACAAUACCAGCUGCCACCGUGGUCAAGCGUCCGAGUCUCGUGGUUUGGGCUUCUCAACCAUUAACGCUGGUUUCAUGCAGGGGUCCCGACACGUACUGCCAUCGCCGGCGGCAUCAUCAUCUAUGGUUCCCACGGCUCAGGGAGCGAUGAACGGUGAGGUGCCCAGCACCAAGGGGUGGACGGGCGUCACAAAGAAGCUGGACAAGGAUGAGUGGAUCGGUAGGAUAAUCCUAGACCGUGCAUCAACGUCGCUAAUCGUCAUCAACAGCCACUUUGAAUCAGAGGAUGAGGCGGCAAGGUCAAUCGCAGCUGCCUCGCACGUGAUGUUCGUUGACAAGCCAACGCGUGGGGACCUCAUUCCCUUGACAGCCGCCGACAAGGAGAAGCUCAGAGGGUGCACGCCGCACCAGUGUGAGGUGAUGGUCCGGAUGAAGUUCUGGCACAUGUGGGAGGAGUGGAGGAAUUAUUGGCCUGCUGCGAAGGCUAAGUGGGACGCGAAAAUGCGCAAAAUCCAGGAAAAGCAAGCUGCAAUAACGGCCAGCUUGGGGGAUGAUGAUGGUCGGGCCAACAAAAGGGCACGAGGUGAAGCUGAAGGAAUCGCCGGGGGUGAGACUGCGUCUCGCCGGGUGGGGUCGGGAACACAGGAUCCAUAG